CUUAAAGCUGCUUAUUACACUUGAAUAUGCAGGAAUCUUACAAUGAUCGGGAUUCCUGCGCACAGUAACUGACUACACUGAAUUCCUCCAAAGAACAGCCAUGGACUUCAUAGAUCCCAUCCUAUCAAUUGUCAAAGGCAUCUAUGAAGUGGUGGAGCAGGUGAAGGCCAAUGAAAAACGCAGCAGGCGUAUUUGUGACCGAGUCGCAGCCUUGGAGAAGAUCAUUCGUUCCAUUCAAAGCCAAAAAAAAGUUGUAGAAACUGAGAAUGUGAAGAACAUCAUCAAGGAUCUCGCAGACACUCUAAAUGCAACAAAGAAUCUCCUGGAAAAACAUGCAGAUUCAAACUGGAUGAAACGCGCCAUUAAAAAGGGUUACUAUGAAGAAGAGUUCAACCAUGUGAAUGACAGGCUCAACGAUGCCUUCCAGGCCCUAAGUUUAGCUCUGAAUGUAGAGCACGAAGACGCAAUCCGCAAGGUUUUUGACAAGGUCAAUCAAAAGAUGGAGGAUGAAGAAGACAAGAAGAAGGAUGAGGAGGACCUGCUGGAAAAGAUGACAGCAAUACAGAAUGACGUGACCAAAAUCCUUGAAAUCUUGACGAUACAAAAAAGGUCUUAUGAAGAAAUUCGGAAGAUAAAACUUUCUGAGCUAAAAUUUGUCCCAGACUUCCCCAAAAAACCAUUCUUGACAACAGAGUCUGCAGAGAAUUACAAGGGAGAGUUUCAAGGGUUCCCAGUGGUCAUCAAGAAAUUCCUCAACACAGCCCAAGUCUCAAGUUCAGAGGUGGAAACAAUUUUCAAAAAGGAAACUGAUACGAUGAAUCGCUUUCAGUCACCCAACAUCCUGCGUCUGUUUGGGAUCUGCAUCGUUAAUGAAAACUCUCCAAAGUCAGAGUUCCUGGUUGUCAUGGAGUACUGUGAAAAAGGAAGCCUUCGGCAAGUUCUGGACUCGAACUGUGAACUAUCCUGGACCAGGAAAGCUCGCAUGUGCCUUGAUGUGGCACAGGGAAUCUAUAGGCUGCACCAGACUGAAGAAGACUUCAAGGUUCAUGGAAGCAUCAGCAGCAAAAAGUUCCUGGUGGAUGAAGCCUACAGAGUCAAGCUGGGAGGCUUUGAGCUUUCAAAAACGGAGACAUCACUUCAAAAGUCGGUGAAAAAAAACGCACUGGAGUCAACUCUGUGCUACUAUGCCCCUGAAACGCUGGAACACUUCAAAAUAAGUAAAGAGAGCGAGAUCUACAGCAUCGGGAUUGUUCUGUGGGAAAUUGCAACUCGGAAGAAACCAUUUGCAGGUUUUGAUAAAAAACAAAUUUAUCAAAAAGUGUGGACAGAAAAAUACCAGGAGCCGCUUCCACCUGAUUGCCCUGAAAAUCUGCAACAGAUGAUCAUCGCCUGCCGGGCUCACGAACCCUUUGACAGACCAUCAGCUGGUGUGCUCAUGGAUAAACUGCGCUUAGUGGUGGCCCAGCUGGAGGAGUGAGACAGUGAUCAUCGUAAAGAGGACUCAAACAUGCAGCUCAAAGCUGUGCAGGGUGUUCUAGAGCAGUGUUUUUCAACCUUUUCUGAGCCACGGCACACUUUAACCUUAAAAAAAAUCCCGCGGCACACCAGCAUCCAAAAAUUUAAAAAAAAGG